AUGGCCGCCUCGCCUACCUCGGUCGCCGGAACGUCAGAAGUCGACCACCCUAGCUCGCCCGUCGCAGCUGAACGCAAGUCUACCAACUCCCGUGUCGGCAGCGAUGAUGAAGAUAUCGGCGACGACACGCAAGUGACAGAGAGACCCCGUAAGGGAGGCCGAGCCUCGCAGCGCGAUGCUGCUGUGCAGCAGAUCGGCAAGAUUCGCCACCUCAAAAAGGAGGAUGGCGAACCUCUGUGGCGUGUUGAUAUCCAAUACGAUUUCCUCAAGGCCGUGUUUGAUAAUGAUAAAAAGGUCUUCACCAACUCGUACGAUCCGGCCAUCGGCAAGCAAACCUUUGCCGAUCUCUACAUCGAUACCAUGGCGCGCAGCAGUAAGACCAGCAAGGUCUUGCGCGACAAGCUGUUGAAUGACAGAGAGGCGGCCAAGGGUAUGGCCAUGGUUUGUCUACUGGUCAAUGUCGGCAGGAUGAACACGACGCUCAAUUUCUUUCCCGAGAUGAGAGCUCAAUUGCGAACAUACCACGCCAUUCCGUCCCUCCAAGCAAACCAGGAUGCCCACGCAUACAAGCAGCUGCAGGAUGCUCCUCGUCUCAAGUCCAUCCUUAAAGGUGGCGCCGAAGAUCGGGAGGAGCCGAGCACGUUACAAAAGCUCAAGGAAAUAGAUGCGGCACCGCGAACGAACCCCGUCAAUCUCAUCUUCAUCAUGUGCGCUGCUGCAAGAAAGAUUGCCGAUCUACACUUUCCCGACGGUAACGAGUUCCACGAUGUCAUCAUGAAGACAGAAUACAGCAGCCAGUCACGAGCCAUAGCCUUUCUGUGGCUCAUGUGGUUUCACCUCGAAUCUGAUUUCACGGAAGAGGGCUGCGAGGAAAAUCCGUUUGGUAGUGGCGUUGACUACAAUGUUGGUGUCGCCAACCAGGGUGUACCCCGUCUGCAUCUCAUGACGGAAGAGGAGCAGGCUCUUGAAAAUAUCGACACGCAAACGGAAAAGGAUUUUGGCGCAGAGAAGCAGCGCACCAGAGCAAGAAUUUUGGAAAUGGACCAGGCAUUCAUCAAUGAUAGAGACGCAAAACGCGGCAAGGCACGGGUAUCGCUCAACGAAGAGGGUCCCGCCAUCCUACCUCGCAUACGCCCGUCCAAGCACGAAUCGGACAUGGACAGUACCCGAUCUACACCGCCUCCACGCGGUGGCCGGGGCAGUGGUGCUAGGAGAGGUGCUGCUCUCAAGUACCAGGUAUUUGAGGGGUCCUCCCCGGCACGCCAGGGCUCUGAAGGAGUCAUCUCGCGCAAACCUCGCCCACCCACAGCACACCAACUAGCCGUGGAGCGCAACCGAAGCCAGCGUGUGGAAUAUAUUCUAGAAAAGGGCCUUCGCAAAGCGCAGCGUGCGAGCCGCAAGCAGCGUCGUCGCGAAGGUGCCAUCUUUCGAGCGUACAGGCGUGUCCACGCUCCGGAGAGACCAGGCGAUGAUAGUGACAGCGAUGUCGACCCACCUCGUAACUUGGGCGGUCGCUCCAAGGUUUUCCGUGAAUCGGGCAUUGGUGGCCUGUGCUUGCUUGUCGAUGAGCGCGACGACUAUGGCGAGGGCGUUAAGGCAUACGCAGCCGCUUUCCGACGCUCUCAACGCCGACUGGUCCGUUGGCUGGGCAGUGACCAGGGCGUCGUCGCGCCCGUCAAGAUGCUCAAGGCCGACGACGCGGACAAGAAUGGCGACGACGACGAUGUUAAUGGUCUAGACGACGCCAACGGAGACGGAGGCAUGGACGACAUGGAUUUGGACGAUGGCGACGAGACUGCUCUGGGCGACGGACUGGAGCAGACCAUUCUGGCCGACGAUGAAGCUGACCGCACAGAAAUGAUGGCCGACUCGGACAUGGAAUAA